UUUGGCUGAAGGGAAAGAGCCAAGAGCCAAGCCGCCAAGAAAGAGCGCACCAGAGACAGCAAACUUGCCACGCUCUUGUCACUGGAAAAUGACACUUGAUGUAGCCAAGGGCGCCGCCGCCGCCGCCGCCGCCGCAGAAGCCGCCGCUCCAGUUGAUCCUAUUGUUUCUUAAACUGCCUUCUUUCUUCGGCAAUCCAAAAGGGGGUGACUUCAGCACAGGAGGGACCGCGGCUUCGUCCUCCGGCUUCGUGUUGUGAUCCCUGCCAGCGAACAAACAAUAAUCAUAAUCUUUUUUUCUUCUUCUUUUUUUAAAAAUAUAUCUGUCAGGCCACCCCGCCGCCCCACACCCUCGAAAAGAACAAGCUCAUCAGGCGGCCAAGAGCAUCAGCGGCCAACCCCGAGGGUGGGAUUUUUGUUCCACUUUGGAUUCUCCCUUCUUCUUUUUUCCCCCCUUCUUCUUUUUCUUCUCCCCUUCAAUGUCUGUGUUUGAUUUUCUCUGAUUUGCUUUGAUUCCAACAGCCGUUCCAGAGAGAAAGAGAGAGAGAGAGAAGAGAGAGAACCGAACCAAACCCCCAAACUCCCUGGCGAUUUUAUCCUUACCCGCACUCUUCUUUGUCGUUGUGUUCUGUGUCGUUGUGUCCCGUUUCGUUUUUCACGACGAAGGGAGGGCUGUGCUCGUUUUGAUUCAUGUUUGGGAUUCAGGAAAGCAUUCAGAGGAGUGGGAGCAGCAUGAAGGAAGAGCCCCUCGGCGCGGGCAUGAACGCGGUCAGGACCUGGAUGCAAGGAGCCGGCGUCCUGGACGCCAACACCGCCGCGCAGAGCGGGGUGGGCCUGGCCCGGGCUCAUUUCGAGAAGCAGCCGCCUUCCAACUUGAGGAAAUCCAACUUCUUCCACUUCGUGCUGGCUCUGUACGACCGGCAGGGGCAGCCCGUGGAGAUCGAGCGCACCGCUUUCGUGGGCUUCGUGGAGAAGGAGAAAGAAGCCAACAGCGAAAAGACCAACAACGGGAUCCAUUACCGGCUGCAGCUCCUCUACAGCAAUGGUAUAAGAACAGAACAGGAUUUUUAUGUCCGCUUAAUCGACUCCAUGACAAAACAAGCGAUAGUAUAUGAAGGCCAAGACAAGAACCCAGAAAUGUGCAGAGUUCUGCUCACCCAUGAAAUAAUGUGCAGCCGCUGCUGUGACAAGAAAAGCUGUGGCAACAGAAAUGAGACUCCUUCAGAUCCAGUGAUAAUUGACAGAUUCUUCUUGAAAUUUUUUCUUAAAUGUAACCAGAACUGCCUAAAAAAUGCAGGAAACCCUCGAGACAUGCGGAGAUUUCAGGUUGUGGUAUCUACAACAGUCAAUGUGGACGGCCAUGUCUUGGCAGUAUCGGAUAACAUGUUUGUGCACAACAACUCCAAGCAUGGGCGGAGGGCUCGAAGGCUUGAUCCUUCGGAAGGUACGCCUUCUUAUCUGGAACAUGCAGCUACACCAUGUAUCAAAGCCAUCAGUCCAAGUGAAGGAUGGACUACAGGAGGUGCCACUGUCAUCAUCAUAGGAGACAAUUUCUUUGAUGGGUUACAGGUCAUAUUCGGCACCAUGCUGGUCUGGAGUGAGCUUAUUACGCCUCAUGCAAUCAGAGUUCAGACACCGCCCCGACACAUCCCUGGCGUGGUAGAAGUUACAUUGUCCUACAAAUCCAAGCAGUUUUGUAAGGGUACACCUGGAAGAUUCAUCUACACAGCUCUGAAUGAACCCACCAUUGACUAUGGUUUCCAAAGGUUACAGAAAGUCAUCCCAAGGCACCCUGGUGACCCCGAGCGCUUGCCAAAGGAAGUAAUACUCAAGAGGGCAGCUGAUCUGGUGGAAGCACUCUAUGGUAUGCCACAUAACAACCAGGAAAUAAUUCUGAAAAGAGCAGCCGAUAUUGCAGAAGCACUGUACAGCGUCCCUCGCAAUCAUAACCAACUCCCAGCCCUCGCUAAUACGUCAGUCCAUGCAGGAAUGAUGGGUGUGAAUUCCUUUAGUGGUCAGCUAGCAGUCAAUGUCUCAGAAGCCUCACAGGCCACCAAUCAGGGUUUUACUCGCAACUCAAGCAGUGUGUCGCCUCACGGUUAUGUGCCAAGCACGACCCCUCAGCAGACAAACUACAACUCCGUCACGACAAGCAUGAAUGGCUACGGAAAUGCUGGAAUGUCCAAUUUAGGUGGAUCGCCAACCUUCUUGAAUGGAUCUGCUGCCAACUCUCCCUAUGCCAUCGUGCCAUCCAGCCCAACAAUGGCUUCCUCCACUAGCCUCCCUUCUAACUGUAGCAGCUCCUCCGGGAUCUUCUCCUUCUCACCAGCCAACAUGGUCUCAGCGGUGAAACAGAAGAGUGCUUUUGCCCCUGUUGUUAGACCGCAGACUUCCCCUCCCCCCACCUGUACCAGCACCAAUGGGAAUAGCCUGCAAGACCAGUCUUUUGUGGACUCUAGCAAGUACUCCACUGCAGGGUCUCUCCAGGGUCUGGCCUUCUCCUGAACUAUAUCUGGCAUGAUAGUUCCCCCCAUGUGAAUGAAUUGCCUUGAAGAAUUAACUAAGGAAGAAGUUGGAUUCUGCUUCCGAACAAAGUCUGACACAAGUCCCAGAGCGGAACUUUUAACUCAGGCCUUUUUU